AUGGAGGAGACCGAGAAUCAUAAUAAUUUGGAGGCGGUACCGGAGGAGAUGGAGGUGGACGACGUGGUUGGUUCGAGCCAGACAUUGGAGAGGGUAGCUGCUGCCAAGCUCUUUAUUGAGAACCAUUACAAGUCCCAUAUGAAGCACAUCCAGCAGCGCAAAGAGAGGCGAUCUGAGCUUGAAAAGGUGUUGGCCACAUCCCAUGUGCCUGAGGAGGAGCAAAUCAAUCUACUGAAGAAUUUGGAGCGCCAAGAAACCGAGUAUAUCCGGCUCAAGAGACACAAAAUUUGUGUAGAUGAUUUUGACCUUUUGACUAUAAUCGGCAGAGGAGCUUUUGGAGAGGUUAGGUUAUGCAGGGAGAAAAAGUCAGGAUGCAUCUAUGCCAUGAAAAAAUUGAGGAAGUCAGAAAUGCUCAGCAGAGGACAGGUUGAACACGUCAAAGCAGAAAGGAAUUUGCUUGCAGAAGUUGCGAGUGACUGCAUUGUGAAACUCUACUACUCGUUCCAAGAUGCUGAUUACUUAUACUUAAUUAUGGAGUAUCUUCCUGGUGGUGAUAUGAUGACAUUAUUAAUGAGGGAGGAGACUUUGACUGAAACUGUUGCCCGGUUUUACAUUGCUCAAAGUGUUUUGGCCUUAGAGUCCAUUCAUAAACAUAACUAUAUACACAGAGAUAUUAAACCUGACAACUUAUUGUUGGACAAAAAUGGGCACAUGAAACUCUCCGAUUUUGGUCUCUGUAAGCCUCUAGAUUGCUCAAACUUAUCCACUAUCAAUGAACAUGAAGCCCUUGAUGAUGAGAAUUUGAAGGAAUCAAUGGAUGUGGAUGGACGAUUCCCAAAUGCUGGUGGAAGGCCGUGGAGGAGCCCUAAAGAGCAACUAGAGCACUGGCAGAUAAAUAGGAGAACACUGGCAUAUUCUACAGUUGGCACACCAGAUUAUAUUGCUCCAGAAGUGCUCCUUAAGAAAGGAUAUGGCAUGGAGUGUGAUUGGUGGUCACUAGGAGCCAUAAUGUAUGAGAUGUUGGUUGGUUAUCCUCCAUUCUAUUCCGAUGAUCCAGUAACCACUUGCAGAAAGAUUGUGCAUUGGAGAAAUCACUUAAGAUUUCCAGAGGAUGCAAGGUUGACACCUGAAGCAAAAGAUCUGAUCUGCAGGUUGCUUUGUGAUGUUGAGCACAGGCUUGGUACUCUUGGCGCCUCUCAAGUCAAAGCUCAUCCUUGGUUCAGAGAUGUUGCUUGGGAAAGAGUAUACGAAAUGGAAGCAGCAUUUAAACCAGAGGUCCAUGGUGAACUUGACACUCAGAACUUCAUGAAAUUUGAUGAGGUGGAACCUCCGCCACUAAGAACUGGAUCUGGACCCAUGAGGAAGAUGCUAUUGACCGCUGAGGAUAUGAGUUUUGUGGGAUAUACGUACAAGAACUUCGAUGCUGUCAAAGGUCGUCAUUUAUUUGAUGUGAAGAAGGGCUGUUUACCUCGCCAGACAUCUGCCGACUCUUGUUACAGUGAUCCAGGUGUGGAGUACAGUUCCAAUUCCAAAGACUCCACUGAUAAAAAGGAUGGCAGGAAGUUUGCUUCCUCGGGAGAUCUGCUGUCACAAUGA